AUGUUAUGAAUACGAAAAGUUUAUGGUUUACAGGAUUUGUGGGCAACAUUGUAUAUAUUGCAUACAAUACCGUAGUCUUUUGUAGCCAGUAUUUGAUAAGUGUCUCGUAAUACUGAACAUUCUUUUUAUCUGUUAGCAGAUUUCCUGUUGUCCUCUGUCCAGCUCUACAACUCGCCAUGAGUUCCCCAUCAAACGAAACAAGUACAGCUGACUGCUUCACCACGUCUCAAGGUUACCUAUCCUUGUUAAUCAUCACGUGCCUGAUAUUUGUCGCCCACGUGGUGCAUUUCGUCAUCAUGGUACUGUACCACCGCUGCCAUUGUGCUUUUCGGCGUGUUCUAGGAUUCGCCAUAACGGGUGUUGUACUGUCAUUGAACUCUCUGAUUCAGUUCGCGAUCAUAGUUGCUAAGCCAACCUCUUGUGGCAACCAAAUCGCCGGUGUUGUCCUGAUGUCUGUAUCGGCUUUCUUUUUGAUCAUUGUGACCGUGGUGUAUUUCUCGAAACUGCAGGGAACAGGAUCACAGACCAUGUGCAGUACGACGUCCGCAUGCAAUAUGACCACUGUAUCCAAUACGAAGGCCCAGCACAUGUAUUAGACCAGGAAGAAAUCUCAAAUCCGAUGCGAGCGUCUGGGACGAGACGGUGUAUCUGACAAUACCUUUGCUUUUAAAGGGUCACGGCUGUCACUGGGUUUCGUGGCUUUUUUAAAAAUAAAUGACAUGAGAAUCUAGUUUCUGUACUACAUGCAUAUCAAGUUUUGUUUUCAAUUUAGACUUUAUAUCGCCAAGGUAUAGCUGAAAUAUUGUCACUAGGAACUAGACUGUGUUUAUUGCCGUUGAAUAGAACAAUGUUUGAAUAAAAAUUUCAAAAGAGCAUUGUUAGAUAUUUCUUGUGAUAUAGAUCGAACGUGUAUUUUGCUAAACUUUCUGUCAAUCACAGAAAUUGUCAAUACGGUGUCAUUGAUCCCUAUAGAGUUUGUGAUAAUAACGGUUCUCAAAUUCCCUCAUGUAGUAUUCAGCACGGUUGUUUGCAGUUCUGUGUGUGUUCGGUUGUU